AUGAUCGGACCAUCAUCAAGUACAAAUAAUAUGCCAAAUCGUCAAGAUAAUGAAAUUGCUGUAAGAGCGAAAAGAAGAGUUUUUGAUGAUUUAGACAUUGACAAUUUUUGUGAAGAAAUUUGUCAAAGUCCAAAGAAACAUCACACUAUGGAACGAGAUUCCUUGGAAGUUGCUAUGGCACAAAUAGUUCAUACAUCACAAUUUCCAUUAGUUGCUUCUAUUCAGGAAUCAAACAAUCCUGGCUCAGUUGCUAGAUUAGAAGUUCUCGUGGUUGAUGGUACCUGGGACGUAUCAAAUAUUGAACACAAUGAUUUACCACUUGAUUUACCUUCUACUGACAGUCACGAAUCAGACAUACAAAAUUCACUGAUAGUACGAAAUGUUGAAAAUAUUGAAAAUAAUUAUAACGCUAUUUUAUCUUACUGGGAUCCAACAGAAGAAGCUGAAAAUGAUCAAAAUAUUGUUGAUAAUCAAAAUGUUUCGCCACCUACUGUUAUGACAACAAUAAACAAUAAUCAUAACGAUAACAAUAACAACAAUAAUAUCAACAACAGCAGCCAAGUGGAUGACCAAGAAGAUGGAAAUCUUUCGUGGCUUUUGGAUUUCAAACUCGAUUCAUUAAUUGAAGCUCCUGAAGAAAAAAUCAGUGUGCCAUGUUUCAAAAAUCGUAACAGAUCUUAUGCUUCUUCAGACAAUUCAAAUUUAUACCUCAACAGCGUCAGAGGUAAUGACACUACAGACCUAAAUAAUAGUGAAUCAACUAUAAACCAACGAGAUAAACAAUCAGUUGAAGGAUAUGCAAAUAAUAUUAGAUUCUCAUCAAACUGCAACGGUCUAAAAAAACCUCCAUUCACCUAUACGGAAUUAAUAGAACAUGCUUUGCAAGAACGAGGAGAACUUACAGUUUCAGCAAUUUAUCAGUGGAUAUCGGAACACUUUCCUUAUUACAAAAGCAAUGAUGAUCGUUGGAAGAAUUCUGUAAGACACAAUUUAUCCAUUAACCCUCACUUUCGAAAAGGAUCUAAAGCACCUCAUGGAGCUGGACACUUGUGGGCAAUUGCUAAUAGGAAUGACUCACGACCACGACAAUUAUUAAAUAUCAACUCAGGAAUUUCUGGACAACGUCAAAUAAUAAAAACUUUCUCAGAGAAUAAUUACCCUAGAAAAAAUAUUAAAAACACUCCAGUGAUUGAUGAAGUAGCUGCUGCAACAGCAAGCAUAAGUCAAAUGAAUGAUGAUAAUGAGCUUACAUCAUCGGUAACUCUCGAGCAUUCAGCAGAGCAAAUUUUAAACGGAGUAAAAAAAGAAGUAGAGGUACAAUAUUUGAUGCCAAUUAUGACAGUUCAACAGCAAAAUGAUCGUGAAGCUAAUGAGCACAAUGUGCAACAGAAAAUAACUAUUACUACAAAUAAAGAAACUGAUUUUCUAAAUCCAGUUUCCAAAGAGAUAGUCGCAGAAGAGUGUGGUCUGAUAGGAGAAAAUUAUCUGGUGACAGACAUAAAUUCCUCAACAUUAGGUCUCAAUGUAGUGGAACCCGAAAUAAUUACUCCAGACCACUUAUUUGGUGAAGAAUUAAGUUUUCAAUUUUACGAACUAGCAUCACCAUCUCAACUUCAAUCAGCCUGACAAACAGAGAAAAAUCGAAUUCACGUGAUAUUUAUUGAUGGAACGAAACUUCAAAAUGUUCACAUUGUGAAUAAGGAUAUUAACACUUCGAAGAAUCAAUGUUUAAUUUCUAAUGACAUAAAUGAAGAUGUAGAUAUUGACGAAUCGAUAACG